AGGCAUUCACAAGUCACAAGUCGUCAUCAGUCAAACCCUCCGUUCGUUCGGGGAGCGAAAAGUAACGGGGACACCAUAAAUCCACCUAGAUUGCUCCAUGUUCUUCACUACCUGAAUAAUCUUCUAGCAAACAAUUUCUCUAUCCGAAUUGUGUCUUCAUCAUGUCUCCGCCACUGCAAGACGCUACCGAACGGUGCCCUUACAAAGCCGAUACGGACGACAAGCAUCGUGCCGCGUACCCCCUCGAGGCGGUCGAAGACCUGUUGAACAACCUCAAAAUUUCCGGCAGACAGGGCGCACAUGUACUCGAUCUCGGUGCUGGCACCGGUAAAUUUACUGAAGAAUUGUCAAGGCGCAACGAGAAGUUCAGUAUUCUCGCUGUGGAACCACAGAAAGACAUGCGAUUGCAGCUUGAGGCAAAGAAUCUUCCCAACGUCGAGGUCAAAGCCGGUCAUUCGCACGGGAUACCUGUACAAGAAAACGGUGUUUUCGAUGCGGUCAUUGCAGCUGAAUCAUUUCACUGGUAUGCGGACUCGGAAUCUCUAGACGAGAUAUGGCGUGUCCUCAAGCCCGGUGGGACUUUGGGUAUGAUCUGGAACAUUGACGACUACAAUCAAACACGACGAUAUCACGUCCAGACCGAAUGGGAAGGCAAGCUCCGUGACCUGACAUGGACAUUCGACGAUGCCACCCCUCGUUUCCGCCACGAGAAGUGGCAAAAGGUGUUCGACUCGCAGCUCAAUCUCUUGCCAGUGGCACUUGUGAAGAAGGGCAACUCCGAGUUCACGCUACCCAUAGGCAAGGAGAUGGAGAAGUGGGUGUGGACUUCUGAGUUAUCCAAAGAGGAUCUCUGGAAUCGAUACAGCACACUCAGCCAGGUUGCUGUUUUAGAAGGGGAGAACCUAACAAAAUUCAAGGAGACGUUUGACGCAAUCGUCGACGGCCCUGAUGUCGAGAAGACGGAAGAUGGUAUGAUACUAACACACGGCGUUACACCUAUCGCCUGGACAACGAAGUUGCUCGAUGGUGCACCGAUAGACUCGUCGAAAGACAUGGAUACUGCAGCAUAGGCCAGGCCACAGAUAAAUACAAGGCUUACGAUUUCGUCUUAAGACGUACUUCGUUUCAGUUUAUGUAAUUAUGUGAAGCGCAGAUAGAAGGCCUCGUCG